UGACAGUGGAACUACAACGUAUAUAAAAAUACAGUUCCAAAAAACUUUUGCAUUUAACAAUUUCAAAGGUUCAAAUUUGUUUUAUUGAAUUGUUAUCUACAUAUUUUAAUAAUUUGAAAUUUCUGGUAUCUAAAAUUUCCAUACAAUAUGAAUUCCAAGAAUAUAACGUCGCAUGUACAAAUAGUGUUGACGUUCUGUUUACUGGGAACAUUGAUCGGGAUUGGUCACGCUUUACCGGUUGAGACGGAUAAUGAUGCCGAUCUUGUGAAACAUCCAUCCAAAAGUAAUCCUCCCCCACAAUUUUUGACGCCAAACAAGAGGAAAUCUCGACAAUCCUUCCCAUUCAUAAUUUAUGGUGGAUGCAAUCCUCCCAGACGUAAUUGGUUUGGAUAUCAGGGUAGUUAUCCAACAGCUGGGUCCUAUUAUGGACAGGGCAAUUAUGGGGGGUGGGGCAAUGGGGGAAAUCGUGUAUCUACCAUUCCAGAUUCCAUAGUUUUUGUUGAAACUCCACCACCUGUCUGGUAAUGUCACAAUACAUAUAUAGCGGUAAUACAUAUUACGCUGAUAUUGAUACUAAAUUUCACUUAUAAUUGAUUAGUUUGAUUUGACUCACUUUAUUAUUUAUUAUUGAUUGGAUAAUCAUGUCCAAUUUUUGUUCAAAAAAAGUUUACAAUUUUUAUAGUUUACUGUAUUGAAUAAAUAUUUUGAUAAUGUGAAACUGUGGGUUUUUAUCUGGUAGGCGAUUUUUUUUCACAUUUUAGGAGUCAUAAUAAGUAUGUAUACGUCGGACAUUUAUGUAUGUAUUAUCAACCUCGAAAAUAUUUUCAUAAAGAUUUCUUCAUAAAUUCACACUUUGGGCUCGACGUCCAACUAGUUAUACAAGUAUUUGUACCAUUUUUUUAUAUAUUUUUUUUAAGUAAAUUUGCACAUGCUGUAGAAUUAUUGUCGUGGUUCACUUUAUUUGCUUAUUAUGACGCAUUCGCAAGAGACAGAGUUUACUCAGCAUUGAAAUCCU